AUGUGGGACAUAAACCACAAUAACUAUAUGGAAGAAUAUAAAAAGCACACGGGGUCUGAGAUAAAAGAUGAUAUGGAUAGAUGGAGGGAGCGCAUGCCAGAUAUUUAUAAGUCUAUUUAUUGUGUAAUCAAUAACAAUGUACUUUUUGAAUAUUUUAUAGAUAGUGGAUUAUUCUCUCAAAAUGAACAAUACAAAUUCUCUGGCUUGCCUAUAUUUACAGCAGACAUUUCUAAAUAUUACCAUGCAUUAAAGAAGGAUUUUAAAAGCAUAAUGGAAUUAUCUCAGAGACUAAGACGUAUUAACCAUAAAAAACACGACUAUACAAAUUCUUCUAUAGAUGAAUAUAUGGCAACUAGCAUUAUGCGGCCCACUCAACCAGUUCAUAUUUUUAGAAGGUUUAAUUUUUUCGAUAUAAUGCAGUAUAAUUCACCAGGCGAGUAUAUUGAAAAAGAAUUACUUUAUAGUGUAUAG